CGCCAGGGGGCGCGGUGUGCUUCACUUCACACCCGCUGCGCCGCGCCGCUGUGCGCAUUGAGACGCUCCGAGUGCGCGGCGGAGGAGCCUCUCAGUCUCGCUUCAGAAUGACACGAACCGAACCGAUGCGCGGAAACCCUCCGGUUUAGACAAAAGGUGGGCCGGCAGGAUGGGGGAAGGGCCUGCGGUCAGGCCCUCGGCUGCUAUCACACCCAUGCAGCAGAUGCUGGCGUCUGGCACUGGGGCUGUACUAACAUCUCUUUUUGUCACACCAUUGGAUGUAGUGAAGAUCAGACUUCAAGCCCAGCAAACUCCCCUCUAUCAAGCCGUAGCAUCAGAGUCAAGGCCCUGGGCUAGGGUCAUCCGCCCUUCAAAAUGGAAAUGCUUCCUCUAUUGUAAUGGGUUGAUGGACCACGUCUAUGUGUGUCAGAAUAUGUCCAGUUGCUCCAGCUGGUACAAAACCCCUACCCACUUCAGCGGGACCGUGGAUGCAUUUGUAAAGAUCACUCGUAACGAGGGGCUGAGGUCUUUGUGGAGCGGACUUCCUCCCACACUGGUGAUGGCGGUUCCUGCCACAGUCAUCUAUUUCACCUGUUACGACCAGCUGCGAGACUUCCUGCGCUACAGCAUGGGCUAUCACGGGGACCAUAUCCCUCUCAUAGCAGGAGGCUUAGCAAGAUUGGGAGCGGUGUCUGUGAUCAGUCCUCUGGAGUUAGUUCGGACUAAGAUGCAGUCCCGCAAGCUACCGUACAGCGAGCUGAUGGUGUGUAUCCGCUCGGCUGUGGCUCAGGACGGCUGCUUAUCUCUCUGGAGAGGCUGGGGACCCACUGUCCUACGGGACGUGCCCUUUUCCGCCCUGUACUGGUUUAACUAUGAGCUAGUGAAGGCACAGCUGUGUGAGCGAUACAGGGAUCCACAGACCUCAUUCACCAUCAGUUUUACAGCGGGGGCCGUCUCAGGAGCCAUCGCUGCAAUUCUGACCCUGCCAUUUGACGUGGUGAAAACACGCAGGCAAAUCCAGUUAGGAGAAAUGGAGGCACUCGGAGCAGUCUCUGUGAAGAAACCGUCCUCCACAUGGAACAUGAUGAGGAAUAUCUGGAUUGACAUGGGAUACAGGGGUUUGUUUGCAGGUUUCCUUCCAAGAGUGAUCAAAGUUGCUCCCGCCUGUGCAGUCAUGAUCAGCACUUAUGAGUUUGGGAAAACUUUCUUUCAGGAGCGUAAUCUGAAUCAGGCGAGAUGUGGACUUUGAGAUGAGCGAGAGGACCAGAGACUCCUCCUCACUAACUACUGCAAGCGCUGAGUUAGUUCUCUGAAAAAACUCUAAUUUUUGGGUGAUGUGCUUACUGACUGGCACAAGGAAUAAAAGCUGUGAGACUUAAACCACUUCUUUGCAUCUGAGAUGAUAGACUUGUGUUACUUAUGAUGCAUCAAUAAAUGCACAAUUUCCCCACAAACCCUGUGAUGCCUUAAGUAACAGUACCAAAGCAUGCUGGCAGAAGCACUACCUCCCCAUAAUGCCCUACUUAUUGAAAUGGCUGCCGGUUGAAGGUGACAUCCAGGUUGUUGUAUCUGCAAUGCAUGACUUUAGUCCCUUUUAUUAAAGACACAGUGCUUCCCUCUGCUGUUCAUGUUGAAGAAACCUCAGUAGAUAAAUGGACUGAAUGGAUAAACUUCUCAAAAAUGAGUUUUACGGUGUCUUAUUUUCAGCAAGAAAAAAAAUCAAAAAUGAUUUAUUUUAUUUAAUUGUUUUCUCCUUUUUUUUGCAAAUAUUUAACUCUCCUGAAGUAAAAGACUUGUCUUUUGUAUGGGCACUGGACUCGGGAAUAGCCACAAGAACAUUUUUAAAGUUUUGCUUCAUGCAUUGAGAAUAUAAUGCACCUUUUUUUUUUUUGUAAGGCAAGAAUUGUUCUAGUGUGUAGUGGAUGGGUCUCUGGUCUCGUCCUGUUUGCUACACCUGUUCACUGCAUUUAGUUCAGAUAUGAACUGCUGUAAAACUUACUGCUGACUUGAAAUGAUUACAGUUCUCAGAUUUUAUUUAAUAAAAGACCUUUAAGAAACGUAAUGUGUAUUACUGCGCUAUACAUGAAGCAUACUACAAAAAUUAGUCAUAGAUUGCAUUUCUGAGUGAAUGUGAGAGAAGGUUGUGUGUUGUCUGUUCUUCAUGACAGACAUGAGGGUGACUUAAAUGAUCAAAUUAAAAUUAAUUAAAUAAUUUUUGCUUGUUUUUUAUAUGAUUACAUUUGUGUGAUGAUUAAUUUGUUUAUAGAUAUUUUAUAGCGUACUUGAAAGUUAGAAAAUAUUUUAUAAACAUGCAUAUUUCUUAUUCUUGGUUUGGUGGUGUACAUUUUAUGAUGUAUGUAAACUUGCAUAUUAUUUAGUAUGUGUUCAACCAUGUCAUUUAUUACCAAGUAUAAUAACAACAUGGAAAAAUUGUGCAAAGAAAUGAACCAUUAACCCCUUCAGACCCUGCAUCCAUUGAAAUAGACAUCACUUGAUUUUUUUUUUUGUUCAAACCAAUAAAAUGUUAUGUUUUUAUAAUAUGA